AUGGGCCGAAACUACUCGGACUUUCUAACUGUAUAUAUCGUAGAAGAAGAAACAGGCAACUGGGAGCUCCAGCGCACAUUGGGGAAAAUAUGGUGUUAUCUCGGAGGCAGAGUGAGGGUGGUUGUCCCUUGUCAAGUCGACCUCACUGCACUAAUCAGCAGCUUUUAUAACAAAACCCAGGAAUUCAGAACCUGGCUUCUCGAGGAGCGAAAACUCAAUCCAGAAGUUCUCACCAAGGAUCAGGAGCGCAAAGAGUUCCAAGUGUUUGUAGAAGACUAUAACACAGCGACGCUUCCUCACGAAAAAUAUUAUCACAUCGAAGCCUAUGAGCGCCGCAUGGCUGCACUUCGCGCCGGCGAAUUCGUCCCUCCGCCUGAUGAUGGGUACGAUCCUACAGCAGACAUGAAAGCGCACGCAACACAGCACAAGAAGCCAUCUACUGAACAUGAUAGCUAUCUCAGCCGGGAGCAGCUUAUGGAACUACGUAAAGUUCAAAAUGAACGAAUCGAGAUCGGUAGAAUGAAGCGUUUAGGUAUGGACAUCAAGCAAAACAUGGGCGUCAGGAUGGAUAGUACCAUGUUUGAUGGCUAG